UCUCGGCUUUCACCUAGCCGAUAUACACUGAUACCAAGCACUGUACCGAUCGUCCCAUGCAUUAGAGAGAAAGAGAGAACCUUUGACAGCACAACUCCACCAGCUGUUUAGUCCCGACCCCCUUUUUCAGUUACCUCGGUAAACAGUUACCCUCGUUUCAUUUCACUUGAUUAUUUUAACUUUUUUUUUUAUUCAUGGGAUCAUCCCUCGGUGGACGAGUGACAAUCAAAAGUUCGAUGAUGAUGAUGAUGUUGAUGAUGAUGAUCAUCCCAUGAAAUAUCGCGAGUGAAUCAGUGAUUUCUUGGUCCAGGAAGGCGCAAGGAUAGAAAGUGCAGAGAGACAAUAACAACGGAGCCAACAGCUGAUAUUGAUUUACCAAAAUGGCCAAAAUUCAGCAACAAAAUGGAGUGGUACCCGGAGGAGGAGGCACAGGGGUCGAUGACUUUUCCGAUGACGACAGCACACCCUUGACUCAAGAUUACGCCGGAAGUCAAAGGACAAUAGUCGAAACAAAAGGAUGGGACGUGUUCAGGGAUCCACCUCCAAAAAUCGAUUCAGGAUCGAUGGCAAAUCAAAGAUGUGCCGAAGUAACAGUUCAAAUUACAAAAGUAAUUGUUUAUUUACUAGUCUUCGUCAUAGUUCUAGGCAGUGGGGUCAUCGCCAAGGGAACCAUACUUUUCAUGACUUCACAGCUGAAAGCUGGUCGGGAAAUAGUCUAUUGCAAUGUACAAUUAGGCCGGGAAAAGCAAUUUAUAGUUACGUUACCCGAAGAGGAGAGGAUAGCGUGGAUUUGGUGCAUCAUCAUAGCUUUUUCUCUCCCCGAAUUUGGGACUUUAGUUCGUAGUAUUCGAAUGUGUAUAUUUAAGUCUUGGAAGAAGCCGAUUUCUUCCCAUUUUUUUCUCAUCUUUCUGAUGGAGACCCUUCACGUUGUGGGUUUGGCUCUCAUGUUCCUCGCAAUUCUCCCCGAGCUGGACGUCGUCAAGGGAGCGAUGCUGACAAAUUGUGUUUGUUUCGUACCCGGACUUCUUGGUCUUCUCUCGAGAAAUAAGAACAAAGACGAGUCAAGGAGAUGCGUUCUCGUUCUAGUGGAUUUAGCAGCUUUGGCUGCCCAAGCAACGGGAUUUGUAGUAUGGCCUUUACUCGAUAGUUCAAAUACUUCUUUAUGGCUAAUUCCGCCAGCUCUUAUUAUGGUAUCGUGUGGAUGGUGGGAAAACUACGUUUCCAUAAGAAGUCCAAUAAGUAUAGUGAGAGUUUUAGGAAGAGUGAAGAAGGAACUCAGGGUGACGAGAUACUUUACCUAUGUAUUUGUAUCCGUUUGGAAGGUAAUUGCCUUCUUCAUUACUUCGCUUCUGAUUCUUCAAGCUCAAGGCCAGAAUGUCGGUCAUCUUUUUUCAAUGAUGGGAGCGGCUUUCAGCGAUCAUAAAAUAAUUGUCCACGCCGUUAGACAAGCAGGAUCCGAUCGGAUAACCGAUCUAUCGGAAAUAAUACGAAUCGGCGAAACUGAAGUCGUUAAUGCCGACUACAAUACACCGAUUUACGUUCUCCUCUUGCAAAUUUUCGGUGCCUAUUUCGCAUACGUAUUUGGAAAGUUCGCGUGUAAGAUCCUGAUUCAGGGAUUCAGUUACGCGUUUCCAGUGAGUCUGACAAUUCCAGUUUCCAUAUCGUUACUCAUAGCGGCUUGUGGUAUUCGCAAUAGUAACCCUUGUUUCUUUCAUGGGACAAUACCAGAUUAUCUCUUUUACGAAUCGCCUCCUUUGUACUUACUUAACGAUUUUAUUUCCAAACAAUACGCCUGGGUUUGGUUGCUCUGGCUACUAUCGCAGACAUGGAUUACACUUCAUAUUUGGACUCCAAAAUGCGAGCGUUUAGCUGCUACGGAGAAGCUCUUUGUCGUGCCGAUGUACGAUUCCCUGCUCAUUGAUCAGUCAAUGGGACUUAAUCGAAAACGGGACGAUCAACCCGAAGUCAAGGUCGAGGACUUAGCGGAAAUAGAGAAAGAAAAAGGAGACGGUGAUUAUGAAACAAUUUAUGAACAAACCGAUGGCACUAGUACUCCUCCGUCAGUGGUGAAAAAUAGCGAUCAUGUCACGAGGAUAUUUGCUUGUGCGACAAUGUGGCACGAGAACAAAGAAGAGAUGAUUGAAUUCUUAAAGAGUAUUUUGCGAUUAGAUGAGGAUCAGUGUGCAAGACGCGUCGCUCAAAAGUAUCUGAAAGUCGUUGAUCCUGAUUAUUACGAAUUCGAAACGCAUAUAUUUUUCGAUGACGCUUUCGAGCUUUCUGAUCAUGAUGAGAACGAGAGUCAAGUGAAUAGAUUCGUAAAGCUGUUGGUGGCCACUUUGGAUGAAGCUGCUUCAGAUGUUCAUCAAACUCGAAUGCAUGUGAGAGCUCCGAAAAAGAUUCCCACUCCAUAUGGAGGUCGAUUAAUGUGGACACUGCCAGGAAAAACCAAGAUGAUUGCUCACCUAAAGGACAAAAGUAAAAUUCGUCACAGAAAACGUUGGAGUCAGGUCAUGUACAUGUAUUAUUUACUUGGACAUCGAUUAAUGGAAUUACCAAUCAGUGUCGAUCGGAAGGAAGUCAUUGCAGAAAAUACCUUCCUACUGACUCUCGACGGCGAUAUUGACUUUCAACCGGCAGCUGUAAAAUUACUAGUGGAUUUGAUGAAGAAGAAUAAAAACCUCGGAGCCGCUUGUGGACGUAUUCACCCCGUUGGAUCCGGUCCGAUGGUUUGGUACCAGAUGUUCGAAUAUGCGAUUGGUCAUUGGCUGCAAAAAGCAACUGAACACAUGAUUGGAUGCGUUCUCUGUAGUCCUGGAUGUUUCUCUCUUUUCAGAGGAAAGGCACUGAUGGAUGAUAACGUAAUGAAAAAAUACACAACCAGAUCUGAAGAAGCUAGACACUACGUUCAAUAUGAUCAGGGAGAAGAUAGAUGGCUUUGUACUUUGCUUCUACAAAGAGGCUACAGGGUUGAAUAUUCAGCUGCAAGUGACGCCUAUACACAUGCUCCUGAAGGUUUCAAUGAAUUUUACAACCAACGUCGUCGAUGGGUGCCUUCAACAAUAGCCAACAUUUUGGAUUUACUAAUGGAUGCAAAAAGAACUAUAAAAAUUAACGACAAUAUUUCCAUGCCCUAUAUAUCUUAUCAGAUUCUUUUGAUGGGUGGUACGAUUCUUGGACCUGGAACUAUUUUCCUUAUGUUGGUGGGAGCUUUUGUCGCCGCUUUUAAAAUUGACAACUGGACCAGUUUUUACUACAAUAUCAUUCCAAUUCUCUUCUUUAUGAUUGUUUGUUUUACAUGUAAAUCCAAUAUUCAGCUAUUAUGUGCGCAAAUAUUGUCAACGGCUUACGCGAUGAUAAUGAUGGCUGUGAUAGUUGGUACAGCCCUCCAGCUGGGGGAGGACGGUAUGGGUUCUCCAUCGGCAAUAUUCUUGACAUCACUCUCGACUUCGUUCUUCAUAGCAGCUUGUCUCCAUCCUCAGGAAUUUUGGUGCAUAGUCCCCGGUCUCAUUUAUCUCCUCUCGAUUCCAUCCAUGUACCUUCUCUUGAUCCUUUACUCCAUCAUUAAUCUAAACGUCGUCACCUGGGGCACGCGUGAAGUCCAAGUGAAGAAAACCAAAAAGGAAAUUGAACAAGAAAAGAAAGAAGCGGAGGAAGCGAAACGAAAAGCAAAGCAGAAAUCAUUACUUGGAUUUUUGCAAAAUGGAGCAGGAACGAAUGACGAUGACGAGGGUUCGAUUGAAAUUUCUCUCGCUGGAUUAUUUAAGUGCAUGCUCUGCACUCACGGCAAGCCAUCUUCAGAGAAACAGCAACUUGUUGCGAUUGCCGAGUCUCUGGAGCAACUGGGAAAACGACUCGAUACCAUCGAAAAAGCUGUCGAUCCACAUGCGCAUAUAUCUGGAAGAAGACGUGCAUCAUCAGUGGGUUCGAGGACGGCUGAUCAUCUUGGAGCAAUAGGCGAAGACCCAGGAGAAGACGAUGGUCGUGACAGUGAAACGGAAACUGUCGCUAGUCAAAAUACCGAGGGAAAUCGCGAAGGUCACUUCCCAUCUCGACCCUAUUGGCUCGACGACGAUGGACUCAAAAAUGGAGAAGUCGAUGUCCUCAAUCUCCAGGAGGAACAAUUCUGGAAAGACCUUUUAGACAAGUAUCUUUAUCCCAUCGAUGAAGACAAAGCUGAGAAGGCAAGGAUCGCCAAUGAUUUGAUCGAGCUGAGAAACAAGAGUGUCUACGCAUUUUUAAUGUUCAAUACUUUGUUCGUACUGAUCGUAUUCUUAAUGCAACUGAACAAAGAUAAACUGCACAUCGUAUGGCCAUUCGGGGUCAAGACGAACAUCACCUUCAGUGAAGAAUCCAAGGAGAUUCACAUUUCAAAGGAGUAUUUGCAGCUUGAGCCAAUUGGUCUCGUCUUCGUGUUCUUCUUUGCUCUCAUUUUGGUCAUCCAAUUCACUGCCAUGUUAUUCCAUCGAUUCGGAACUUUGGCUCACAUUUUGGCCAGCACGACAUUGAGCUGCAAAAAGACUAAAGAUCUAUCAGAAGAAGCACUGCUUUCAAAACAUGCGGUGGAAAUAGUAAGGGACUUGCAAAGAUUGGAUGGCAUAGAGGGAGAUUACGAUGAGGGAAGCGGAAGUGGUCCCGGAAGACGAAAAACUAUCAGAAAUUUGGAAAAGAGUCGCAGACAAAAGCAAGCGAUAAAUACACUCGAUGUUGCGUUCCGUCAACGUUUCUUCAGUCUGACAGAAGGCAAUGGCCUGCCGCGAAACAUGUCAACAAGAAGAUCCACCAAGGCCUUUAAAGCAUUCGAAGGACGUCGCAACAGCAUCAUAGCAUUGAGAAGGAAAUCUCAUAUGCAAACUUUAGGAGCAAAUAACAUCUACGGAGCUCCUGGCAAUCCUCUUGGAAUUCAAGGACGUCCAACGAGAAGUAGUCAAAUUUCUGUGAAGGAUGUUUUCGAAGGUCACAGUGGCCACGUGAAUGCUGCCUACGAAGCUGACGACAGUCCAGGAAACAGUUUGAGACUUCAACCCUUGGCUGGUCAAGUCACAUGGCGAGAUCCAAAUUCAAAUCUGUAAAAAUAUAACUAUUUUUGCAAAAGUGUUUAAAAAAAUUUUACCGAAUAUCAGAAUUCAGUAAAAAGAGAACUUUACAUUUAGAAAAAAUCUACGAUUUUCUUUUUUUUUCAAGAAAAAGGAAACAUUACUUUUGAGUCAGAGACUGAAGUUCGUUUUAUAAAUACUGCAUUUCUUCACUGCCUUCCUCUACUUUCAAGAUGUACUAGACAUAUCACUCACAUAGUUCUUUGUAAUUCUUGCGCAUAUGUAAAAUAUGUACUUACAAAUUUUUCCUGGCGCUCCAAUGACAAUUGUAUAUUUUUAAGAAGCUCAACAUAUUUUUUUUUUGUAAUUUUUAAAAUAAAAAACAAAUUGGUGUGUCAUUUAGAUCUAAAAAUUAAAUCUCGACUUAAUAGGCAUUGAAAAAAUG